UUUCUUCUCUCUCUAUAACCACCAACCGCCAGCAGAAGAAGAAGAAAAACAGCUCACACAGUCUUCACCCGACGCCUCCUCCCUGCCUAUAUAUACACUUACCUAUAGAUCUAGAGAGAGAAAACCGAGAGAUCUAGACCGAGAAAAUCGUUCCCUAAUCCAUUCAUUCCCCUUCUCCACUCCACAGCCACAGACGACGGUUCUCCCUCGUCUCCGGUCUCUCACCGCCUCUGCGCUUCACGCCCUCCGCCCUCGCUCCUCAGUCCUCACAUCCUCAGACGGUCAGACACUCAGAUCUCACUGCACCGACUCAGCCACUUUGCGGUUCUGCCUCACUGAGACACUGUAAGACCGAGAAAAUUGUUCAGAUUGGAGACACAGGAUGAGGGAACAGGUGACCGACACUACCUCCGUGGCGUCUCCUCCGCCCCAGGCCCUGCUAGAGCGGCUCAAAGACUAUGGCCAAGAAGAUGCUUUUGCCCUCUGGGAUGAGCUCUCCGCCGACGAACGCGACCUUCUCGUCAAGGACAUUGAGAACAUAGAUCUCCCAAGGAUUGAUAGGAUCAUACAAUGCUCCUUUCGCUUUCAAGGCCUCCCAGCAGCAGCAAUAGAGCCAGUGCCAGAAAGCUGCGUGUCCACAGUGGAGGAACGAACAGUGGAGGAUAGAGAUAGAUGGUGGAAUAUGGGUAUGAAGGCCAUUGCUGAAGGAAAACUGGCUGUGUUGCUCCUGUCUGGUGGGCAGGGAACUCGACUUGGAAGCUCAGAUCCAAAAGGAUGUUUCAAUAUUGGACUUCCGUCUGGGAAAUCACUUUUCCAAAUCCAAGCUGAGAGAAUGUUGCGUGUCCAAAGAUUAGCAGCUAGAUCAGCAAAUGAAGGUGCUGGCAUUGUUCCAAUUCAUUGGUACAUUAUGACUAGUCCAUUCACAGAUGAACCAACACGCAAAUUUUUUGAAAGUCAUAAAUAUUUUGGCCUUGAUGAAGAUCAAGUUACAUUCUUCCAGCAGGGCACGAUUCCAUGUGUCUCAAAGGAUGGAAGAUUUAUUAUGGAGACUCCAUAUAGCGUAGCUAAGUCUCCUGAUGGAAAUGGAGGAGUUUAUACAGCAUUGAAGUAUUCAAAAUUAUUGGAAGAUAUGGCAACAAGAGGCAUUAAAUAUGUAGAUUGCUAUGGAGUUGACAAUGCUUUGGUCCGAGUUGCAGAUCCAACCUUUUUGGGUUAUUUCAUUGAUAAGGGUGUAUCUGCUGCAGCAAAAGUUGUAAGAAAGGCAUACCCACAAGAAAAGGUUGGUGUGUUUGUACGACGAGGUAAAGGUGGGCCUCUCUCUGUGGUUGAAUAUAGUGAAUUGGAUCCUGAACUUUCAAGCGCAAUCAACCAGGAAACUGGCCGCCUUCGUUUUUGUUGGAGUAAUGUUUGCUUGCAUAUGUUUACUUUGGAUUUCCUGAAUCAAGUAGCAAAUGGCCUUGAGAAAGACAGCAUCUAUCAUCUUGCUGAGAAGAAAAUUCCUUCCAUCCAUGGCUAUACAAUGGGUUACAAACUAGAGCAGUUCAUAUUUGAUGCAUUUCCUUACAGCCCUUCAACAGCACUUUUUGAGGUAUUGCGGGAAGAAGAAUUUGCUCCAGUUAAAAAUGCAAAUGGGGCAAACUUUGACACUCCAGACAGUGCUAGGCUGCUAGUUCUUCGCCUCCACACCCGUUGGGUGGUAGCUGCUGGAGGAUUCUUAACACAUUCGGUGCCUUUGUAUGCAACAGGUGUCGAAGUUUCACCACUAUGCUCAUAUGCUGGAGAAAAUUUGGAAGCUAUAUGUCGCGGAAGAACAUUCCAUGCUCCUUGUGAAAUCUCGUUUUAGUUUGGAUUUUAAAAGGACAGCUUUUGAACUGAGCAGAUGUUUGACAUUCCUUUCCUCCCCUAAACGGGCUAUCUUCGAUUGUAUUUUUCUUUAUUUUGUCUGCGGUUGAUAUUUGUAUGAGGGUUGUAUUUGUGGUUUUAAUGGAGAGCUCUUACUGGUUUUGAGCAUAACAGAUAUAUCAUUACGUACAAAUCCUGUAUACAUACAGCAUAUAGGGUGGGGGUGUGGGUGUGGAACCAACUUGCCAAGGGCAAAUAACAAAUGAAUAAAUAAAGGAAAAUAAUGUUUUUUUCA